UUGAGUCGUUUGCUAAUCCAGCUUCUGCCUUCUCCAGCCACCACCGGUCGUGUCGAGUUCAAGCUCUACGACGAUGUCGUGCCCAAGACCGCCAAGAACUUUGCUGAGCUCUGCAAGGGCUACAAGGACGCCACUGGCUCUGUGUUGACCUACAAGGGCUCUGCCUUCCACCGUGUCAUUCCUCAGUUCAUGCUUCAGGGUGGUGACUUCACUCGUGGCAAUGGCACUGGCGGAAAGUCCAUCUACGGCGAGAAGUUCGCUGACGAGAACUUCCAAAUCAAACACACCCGCCCCGGUCUGCUGUCAAUGGCCAACGCUGGUCCCAAUACAAACGGCUCACAGUUCUUCAUCACCACCGUUGUGACCAGCUGGCUCGACGGCAAGCACGUCGUCUUCGGCGAGGUCACCAAGGGAUACGAGGUUGUCCAGGCUAUCGAGAAGCUCGGUAGCGGCAGUGGUUCCGUUCGUGGUGUUGCUAAGAUCGUCGAUUCCGGUGCUGCUUAAAUUCUCCCAAAAUGUCUCAUUAUCCAGCCCGACAAAUUAUAUGUAUGUUUGGGGGUCUUUUCUGCCAGUGUGUCUGUACUUGAGAAUUAAAUUUCGAGAUUUCUCGGAACUCCUCGGGCUUCCCGGGAGCCAUCAGCCUGUGGCAUCAAUACCAGUUUUCAAUUCCUCGUAGUUCUUGUAGUAACCCAAGUAGAAGGUUUGAUCUGAUAAUAAGCACGUGGGCUAGAAACUUGAAGUACA